AUGGUCACGCCGCGUGUGACGCCCAUUCGCUCCGACAGCGUCGACCACAGGGCGACGAGGAAGACGUCGAUGAACGACGUGCCAGGCGAGCCGGACGAGGCGCCUUUGCUGGACAAGGACAAGCGCAGGGACGAAGUCGCGUGCAGUGAUGACGACGACGACGAUACAGUGCCGCUCGGGGUGGCUGUGAAUACCCGCAAUUAUCAGACGUUGAUGGCCAAUUUGGCUCGUCGGACAUCUGAUUCGACGCCUCGAGGACGUUGCGGACACGUGGGUACAGUGUACCACCCGAAGAAGCUCCCGCUUCGACCGGGGAGUCCAACACGAAAUGAAAAGCUGGCGGCAGCUGGCCAGGAAAACGACCGAGGGGAAGACGUGGCGGUCGUGGGCGUGCCAGUAGAUACGAGGAACUACGAGGCUAUUGUGAGUGGCUCUCGUCCCAUUCGGUCGGACCCGGGGACGUUCAAUUUGCUCAAUCGACGGGCGACAGUUUCGACCAUGACGCAGUUUGUAGAUGGACGAGAGGAGGACGGUCCUCCGACUCGACCAGAGGGACAAGACAACGACGAUGGUGACCGUCAUGGAGAAGAAGAUGCGGUGAUGGGACUUCCUAUUACCACACGGAACUAUGUGGCGUAUCUAGCAGGGGAGCAAGGACCGGGAAUACAGCAAACAGGUCAUCGGCAUCGAGGCUAUAGCACGCUCGUGUCGGAGAGAGAGGUCCGUGAACCGCGUGUGAGCGACCCGUACGUGUCAUCUUCACAUCGACAGCAGUCUCCUUCUGAUUCAUGCACUAGUCGCAAGGAUACACGCCCGUCGUGCUUUGACAACCGCCGUGCAUCAAACGCAGCGGUUGUCCCUCAUGCAGGCUGGGUCUUUGUUCAGCGUGGUGCCUUUAGGUCGUGGAAACGAUACUACGCAGUACUGUCGGGGUCCGAGUUCAAGUUUAGCAAAGGGAUGGGUCAGUCACCGAAAGGGUUUGGGUUUCUAGUGUCUGUAAAGCGAAUGAAGGACUUACCCUGCGGACUGCACCUCGAGUUUGACGAUGGCAGCGUACUUCAAAUCCGUUGUCCGAGUGACCUUGAGUACGAACAUUGGCUAAGGGCGAUGGAAAAGACUAUUGAACGCAAUCAGAACUUCAACUCGCAAUCGAAGACAUCGUACACACUCACGGCGUCGGAGCAACACGAGGGGUAUAUGUUCAAGCAGGAGAAAAACAAAGCAUGGAAGCGAUGUUUCUUCGUCGUGCGUAUUGAGGGCUACAUCGAGUGCCGAGAUGGUGAGUACGGUAUACCUGAUCGGAAGUAUUCUGGCUACAUCAAGGCUGUAUCGUUUGCAGACUGCCACGCAAACGGACUAGCGAUUCAGCUCUGCACGGACGUGUCUAUGGUGUGCUACGCAGAUUCGUACGACGAGCAAAUGCUUUGGUAUGGUGCUCUAUCAGCGGGGGCUAGCGCGAAUGAGAGGUUAGCGCAGCCAAAGAUGUCAGUAAAGAGUUGUUACGUGCAAACAGCAGUGACGAACUAUGCAGGGUGGCUGUGGAAGCAGGCAGGAUUAUUUAAGGGCUGGAAGCGGUGGUACUUCACGUUGCAUGGCGCGGAACUGGGUUAUGCGAAGGACACGAACUCAAAGACCGUGCUUUGCGAUAAGGCGCAUUCAGUUGAAGUGUGGGAAGGCCAUGCAAAUGGGCUGUUGAUCCGCCUAAUAAGUGGACGUGUUUGGAAAGUUCACGCCGAGACCUACGAAACAGCCAAGCGGUGGCGCUCCGUCAUCAGUAGUGCCUGUCGGCACGCUGAAACAUUCAACCUGAAAAAGUACUUGAAUAGCCGCCGCCGCAAGAAAUUGACGCCUGUGUUUGGUGGAUGGCUUACCGAGAUGAGAAAAGGCUUAUGUUUGCGCCGCUUUUUCGUGGUGGAUGGCGCAAUGCUGGGGGCUGCCAAUGACGUCGACAACCAGCUUGAGCGUCUUGGCACCGUCGUGGACGUGGGUUCGACGCGUGAUUUGGAACACGGUAUGAUAUUUACGCUUGCCAAUGGAACGCAGUUGAAGGUCAAUUGCGACUCGUUGGCUGAUUCCAGGUGCUGGUACGAGUGUUUGAGUUUCUCGCUCAAGUAG